AGACUUUAGUUGACCAUUCUCCCUUCAUACCAUUAGGGCAUCAAGAGAAGGCUUCUGGUUUUACUUUUAUCAGCAAUGUUAGGCAGAUUUAGUCAAACUGGAUGCAGGAGAAACACAUAAAUCUUUGUAAAGAAGAAGGCUGUUAAUUGAUCAGAGUGGUAAUGGGGCAUUUGUUCACUCUGUGGAUGGGAACUCUCCUGCAGUUUUGUCAUGCUACAAUUUAUAUCAACGAAUGGGCUGUAAAAGUGAGAGGCAAUCCUGAGUCUGUGAAGAGAAUAGCAGAAAAAUAUGGAUUUACAAACCUGGGUCAGAUUGGAGCCUUGAAGGGUUACUACAACUUCCGCCACCAGCAGACACCAAAUCGCUCCACAGAAUUCAACAAAGAUGUGACUCAUCUCCUAACAAAGGAGACAAAGGUGGAAUGGCUGCAGCAGCAGGUGGUCUUGAAGCGAGUAAAGAGGACGUCCACAAGGAGUUAUGUCCACAAUACUGAUCGGGUGACCAGGCAUUCACCCAAUUCACCAAUUGAUCCAUCUAACCUCCACCAGAAUGUAGAUUUUAGUUGGCCUUUGUGGUACAACCUGUGGAACACAAGCUGCACUGAGAAGAAUGGCUGCCAGUCUAGAAUGAACAUUGCAGCGGUCUGGAGGAGAGGCUACACAGGGAAGGGUGUGGUGGUUUCUGUCCUAGAUGAUGGCAUUGAGAAAGAGCAUCCAGAUCUGAAGCCAAAUUAUGACCCACUUGCCAGCUUUGAUGUCAUCGAACAAGACCAAGAUCCCUCUCCAAAUUAUUCCAACAAUGCGGCUGACUUCCAUGGGACUCUGUGUGCUGGGACAGUGGCUGCAUCCGCAAAUAACCCUCUUUGCACAGUUGGAGUCUCAUUUCGUGCUCGGAUAGGAGGCAUACGUAUGUUGGGAGGAGACGUGACUGAUAUUGUGGAAGCUCAAUCAUUGAAUUUUAGUCCACAAUAUAUUGAUAUAUAUUUAGCCAGCUGGGGGCCAAAUGACGAUGGGGCAACUUUAGAGGGACCUGGACAUCUUGCUCGUCUCGCAUUGCAGGCUGGAAUUAAAAUAGGUCGGCAGGGAAGGGGCUCUAUUUUUGUUUGGGCCUCAGGAAAUGGAGGUCGAACAGGUGACCACUGCUCCUGUGAUGGCUACAGUAGCAGUAUAUACACAAUUUCAAUCAGCAGUGUCAACCACCGUGGAAUUCGAUCAGAACACCUGGAACAAUGCUCCUCCACACUGGCAGCAGCCUAUAGUGGUGAGGAGACAGAGGAGAUGAUAACCCUUGGACCACAGCUGGGAUGCAGCAUAACUCUGUCUGGAACAUCUCUCUCCUCAUCUAUGGCUACUGGGGUGAUUGCUCUUACUUUGGAGGCCAACCCUGAUUUGACCUGGAGGGAUGUCCAGCACAUUAUCGUUCGAACAUCAAAAGCUAAUCACCUUGAUGCUGCUGACUGGCAUUAUAACGGAGCCGGGUUCAAAGUGAGCCACCUUUACGGCUUUGGCCUGCUGGAUGCUGAGAGCAUGGUGAAGGAGGCUGAGCACUGGAAACAAGUCCCAGCACAGCAUGAGUGUGUGGAGGAGGAGGCCAUCCAGCUGAGCAGAAUUAUUCAUCCUGGCUCAGUGUUGACGUCUGCGUACGAGACCACCGGCUGCUCCAGCGAGGGCCCACGGCACGUUGUUUAUGUGGAGCACGUUGUCGUUCGCAUAACCAUCAUUCACAGCCAUCGUGGCGACCUUUCCAUCACGCUCAUGUCACCUGCGGGCACCGUAUCGCAGUUGCUGGCUCACAGGCCUCUUGAUAACUCCACUGAGGGAUUUCAGAAUUGGGAAUUCAUGACAACUCAUUCCUGGGGGGAGCAGGCAGCAGGGGAAUGGACUUUGAAAAUCAAGGAUACUCCUUCACAGGACCGAGACAGCGCUGAAUUAGCGAUGCUAAAGAAGUGGUCUCUGGUGAUUUAUGGCACUGCAGAACAGCCGUAUCCAUUGCACCAUCGGCUAGCCCGAUCAGCUGAGCUCCUAAUGAAUACUGAUCUCACUGAAGGAUAUGAUGGACCUUGUGACCCAGAAUGCAGUGGUGAUGGUUGUGACGGGCCUGGCCCACAGGAGUGUGUUACGUGUCUAAACUUUUUUCUCAAGUUCAAGAACAGCUCAAGGUUGUGUGUACCCAAGUGUCCCCAGGGAUUCUGGGGUGACCGUCGACGCUGUAAGAGGUGCUAUUCUACUUGUGCAAGUUGCACUGGCAGUCGAAGCAAUCAGUGCACCUCCUGUGUGUCUGGUCAUCACCUGACAGAAGGCACCAAUACCUGCACAGCAUCCUGUGGCGAGAAUUACUACUUGGAUCAUGAUACAUAUCUGUGCAAGAAAUGCAGCGAAAGCUGCUUGAAGUGCACCUCAUACAGCAUCUGCACAGAAUGCAAACCAGGCACAAGUCUGCAGGGGAACCGGUGCCAACGGAACUGUGAUGAUGGCUUCUACUAUGACAUGAAGGAAGAUGAAUGCAUGCCCUGUCACAAGGCCUGCGCUACCUGUGCAGGGGCAGGUGUUGAGGCGUGCAACCGUUGUGCAAAGGGUUUCUUGAUGGAAGAGUGGAGAUGUGUUUCCUCUUGCAGUGCUGGCUUCUAUGCCAUACAGCCAAGCCCAGAGAUAGUGGACGGCUACAGGAUAUGUAGGAGGUGUGACUCCAGCUGUCUCACCUGUAUGGGGCCUGGAUGGCAGAACUGCAGCAGCUGUUCAAGCGGUCAUCGCCUCCAGGAAGGAGUGUGUGUAGUCAACACUGAGUGCACAGAUGGAGAGUAUCAGGACAGUGAUGGGGUGUGUCGCGCAUGUGAUGCAACGUGUCUGAAAUGCACAGGGCCGCAAAAAGAGGACUGCAUCAGCUGUGUCUCUUCACUAGCUUUAGAUGAGGGGCGCUGUGUGGUUGAAUGUGCUAAGGGCAAAUACCGAUCGGGUGGACAGUGCCACCUCUGUGACCACACCUGUGCCACAUGUAUGGAUGCAGGGCCUGCCAAUUGUACCAGCUGUGACACAGAUAAGUUUGGACAUGAACGUUACCUCUAUCAAGGCCUUUGUAUGGACGCCUGCCCUGAGGCGUUUUACCACACAAGCAAGAGAACCUGUGAGCGAUGUUCAGAAAACUGCCAGCUCUGCUCCAGCCCAAACCACUGCCUGCAGUGUAACUCCACCUACUAUGUGUCUGACGGACAGUGUGUGAAGCUGGAAUGUGGAGAAGGGGAGGUGGAGGAUCCAGAUUACAAUGACUGCAUGACCUGUGAGGAAGGCUGCAAGAAGUGUGUCCUAUAUAACCCCAAGCACUGUCUGUCCUGCAUUGAGGGCUUUUACAACUUUCAGGAUGGCUGCUACAGAAGCUGCCCAGCAAAGACAUACAGCGUGGAGGAGGACAUGACCUGCGCUCCAUGUGAGAACAACUGCAUGAGCUGCGAUGAGCACGAGUGCUACUGGUGUGAGACUGACCUUUUCUUAUCAGAAGGGAAGUGUGUCCCAGUGUGUCCCGAUGGUUUCUUCGGCAAUGAAGACUUUAACGAGUGUGAGGAGUGUCACCCGGACUGUUCAACGUGCAGCGGCCCAGAGAACACCGACUGUCUGUCGUGUCAAGAGGGAAGGAUGCUUCAAAACAGGGAGUGUGUGCCAGACUUUGAGGUCUGUCCUAGUAAGACCUUUCUCAACGAUAAUGGCGUGUGUGAAGACUGUCACCAAUCCUGUGAAUUCUGCUCUGGACAGGCAAAAAAUCAGUGCACAACGUGUGGAAAAGGGAGAUUUCUGACUAUGCAACAGACAUGUGUGACGAAGUGUCCUGCGGGCUUCUUUGCCAGCCGACUGAACGGCGUGUGUGAGGCCUGCCCUCAGGGCUGCUUGCAGUGUGUUGAUGCUCGUCACUGCAGCCGCUGUCAGAGCUCUCAGAAGGCUCCAUUGUUCCUGCAGAAUGGACAGUGUGUUACAGAGUGUGUCGGGGGAUAUCCUGUAGGCCAGCUGUGCCUCAGCUGUGCAGUUGGCUGUGCGUCCUGUGAGAAGAAUGCCACUCACUGUCUGACCUGCAACGAUCCUCUUCUUCUGCAUGAUCACCAGUGUGUGCAGGAAUGUCCUCCAGCACACAUCGUUCAUGAUAAGGAGUGUCAUCGCUGCCCCCCGGCCUGUAAGGACUGCAACCACCUCGGACAGUGCACAGGCUGCGAGGAGUAUCACUUUCUCCACGAGGGCCUGUGUUUGCCAGACUGUCCGGAGAAGUUCUUUGAGGACAUUGAGCGAGGGGAGUGUCUUCACUGUCACACUGAUUGUGCUCUCUGUGAUGGCCCAAACAGCAAUGACUGUGAUGCCUGUGUCCACCCUGAAGCCACCCUGCACAAUGGGGCCUGCAUGGCACCGUGCCCCUCAAGCACAUACAGGGAUGCAGUUACAGGAGAGUGUAAAGAAUGUGAUGAUUCAUGCCUCACAUGUUUUGGGCCCCACAUGGGUUCAUGCACCAGCUGCAGGGAGGGUCAAAACUUGGAUGGCCACAACCGGUGUAUCCCUCUGGCCAACAAGUGCUCGCCUCAUCAGUAUGCUGACGAGGACAGGGAAUGCCAUCCUUGCCACAAGUACUGCCACAGGUGUUCAGGUCCCGGCAAAACCCAUUGUUUGAGCUGUAAUCAGGGACACUUUCUGCUCGAUGGUGCUUGUGUAGAUGAAUGCCCAACGGGCUAUUAUGAAGAGGAGUCAAAAUGUAAGCCGUGCCAUGUUUCCUGUCAGUCCUGUGUUGGAAAGCUGAGCCACCAGUGCCUCACCUGCAAAGCCCACCUGUUCCGAGAGGCCAAAGAGUGUGUGGAGAGCUGCCAACAUGGUCACUAUGGAAACCCUGUCUCAAGGAUUUGUGAAAAGUGCGACCCAAGUUGCAGUGAGUGCAUUGAGGGCGGGGAGGACAGCUGCCUGAGCUGCGCUCCGGGCCUUGUCUACCUGCGGAAAGAAGGUUGCUGCUUGCCGUUCUGCCCUGAGGGUUACCAUCAUGAUCCUGCACAUAGGACCUGUGAGCCCUGCCAUGAUGGCUGCAGAACAUGCUCAGGAAAGGUUUCCCUGUCUUGUGACUCAUGCUACCCUGGAUACCUGCUGUCAGAUGGGAGGUGUGAGUCUAUGUGCGAUAUAGGCCAGUACCCUGUACUGAAGGGCUCAGACCCCAUGUGUGAAGACUGUGAUGGCUCUUGUCAGGAGUGCCGGGGACCCAGUCCGUACAAUUGCACCUCCUGUUCUGCUCAGGGGAUCUUAGAAGCCAGUGGGCGUUGUCUACCGUGUUGCCGUUAUGAUGAGGAAUGGAAAGAGAUUGAAACCCUACAGGAGGAUUGCUGCAACUGCACUGAGACUCGAGGACAUUGCAUCCUCAGCACGAACUUGGCAUUCACAAAUGAAGAGGCAGAGGAAUCUAAAGGGAACCUAACCAUCUUCAUCAUUGCCUCCAUCCUGCUUGUCCUGGGACUUGUCGGCGUCGUCUUCCUCAUCAGACACUCCCGGUCAAAAAGUGGGCCAUCAGACCUGCCACCCCGUGGGUAUAAAAAGCUUGGUUCUGGUGGGGGUUUUGGAGGCGGCAGCAUAUAUCGCGGCAACACCUCUUCCUCUUCUACCUCUUACGGUGGCCCCUCUGGAGGCCGAUUCCAAGAAGCUGAGCUGGUGGACAUCGGCACACGUCACUCAGGGAAUAAGGAUGAUGACGACGAUGACGAUGAUGAGGACAUUGUUUACAUGGGCCAGGAUGGCACAGUGUACAGGAAGUUUCGUUAUGGACAGCUGGGUGAUGACAAUGAAGAUGAUCUAGAGUAUGAUGAUGAGAGUUACAGAUUCAGAUAAAAGAGCAAAAAUGGAGCACUCGUCUGUUUUCUUGUAACUUUUCUGCCUUCCUGUUUUCUCCUCUGUAAUGUUAUUCUUGCUCUGCCCUGAGGGACAGAUCUAUUUAUCUUCACUGAAUGAGCUCAGUCAAAUGAGAUUUGAGAAGCUAUUUAUAAUAAGCAGCAUUUUAUGACUUCUAUCCAUUCAAAAAAUGAAAUGUGUUGCAAACAUAAAUCCAUACUUCCCAUGCUUAAUUUCUGUGAUACUGCAUGUGGCUGUCACCCAUCUACAUAGGUUGUUUGGCAUUUAUCUAUUAAAGUUUACAAAUUUUAAGGCAGACGCCAAACAGUAAUUUGGUAACAGUAUUUUACCUUGUUUUUAUUAGAUAUAGAGCAUCGUUAACAGUAAUGAUAGCAAUUACAGAAUGUCAAAAGAAUUAUUCCUCUAACAGCAAAGAUGAUUUCCACUGUCCUUUAAGGCUUGGUCCAUUGAUUCCAUUUUUAACUCAUCUUGUGUAGUUUUUUUUUUUUGUUGUUUGUUUGUUUUGGUGACACUAUUUCACUUUAUUUGCAGUAAUCAUAGAGGAACAGGACAAAAACAGAAGACAUUGUAAAACAUGCAGUAAAGGUUCCAAUAUUGGGAACAAAACUCCAAACUGUCUCCGUCUAAGACCUAUGAAACAUGAAAAUUGUUCAAAUUAUACAAUAAAAUGGAACGAAUAUUUACCAUGAAGUUAUUGUGCUUCUGAUCGUU